CUGGGAUUCGUAGUCCAGUGACAAAAUCAAGGAGGGACGCGCACUACCGGCCUAGAUGACAGGGGGGAAUCACUAUCAUUCCGACCAAUGGACAGUUCACGCCGGGCCUGAAUGGCGAGCGCAUAGCCAAUGGGUAAGCCGUUUAGCCUGAGUGACGUGGGUUGCAACCUACGGGAGACCCGUGGGGCGGUACGGCGCGCAGCGGCAGUAGUGCGAACCAUGGGAGGCGGCUGGUGGUGGGCUCGGGCCGCCCGCUUGGCUCGUCUCCGCUUCCGGAGGUCGCUACUGCCGCCUCAGCGGCCCCGGAGCGGGGGCGCCCGGGGGUCCUUUGCCCCUGGCCACGGCCCCCGCGCCGGGGCUUCGUCGCCCCCGGUGUCCGAGCUGGACCGUGCAGACGCCUGGCUCCUCCGGAAGGCGCACGAGACAGCCUUCCUCUCCUGGUUCCGCAAUGGCCUCCUGGCAUCAGGCAUCGGAGUCAUCUCCUUCAUGCAGAGUGACAUGGGUCGGGAAGCAGCCUAUGGCUUCUUCCUGCUGGGCGGCCUGUGCGUGGUGUGGGGCAGCGCCUCGUACACAGUGGGCCUAGCGGCCCUGCGGGGACCCAUGCAGCUGACGCUGGGGGGCGCGGCUGCAGGCGUCGGUGCGGUGCUGGCCGCCAGCCUGCUCUGGGCGUGCGCCGUGGGCCUCUACAUGGGGCAGCUGGAGCUGGACGUGGAGCUGGUACCCGAGGACGACGGGGCGGCCUCCGCGGAAGGCCCUGAUGAUGUGGGCCGGCCACCAUCUGAGUGAACCACACGGCCGCAGGGCCUGGCAGGCGCUGGACGGCGGUGCCCGAGGACUGGGACAUUAAAACCUGACCUCCCCUCCUCCA